AUGGACCUAUACGCCGAUGAGGACCCGUUUGCUUAUGGUUAUGGAAAUGGUUACGGCCUCGUCGGCGAUGUGGAUGCUUUGGUCAAUGUGCUGAAGUCGCACGACGAAAACAAUUCCAGUCCCGUGACAGGGCGGGNCGUCGGCGAUGUGGAUGCUUUGGUCAAUGUGCUGAAGUCGCACGACGAAAACAAUUCCAGUCCCGUGACAGGGCGGGUCUCACCAAAGAUCGGGGUGAGGAACACCACCACCUCCCCGAAUGCGGCGGUGGGAAAAGCGCCCGUCAGUGCGUUGCCGAUCCCGUCAGCAAGCGGCGGCAAUGGCAGCAGUUGGGACGUGCAAAUGGGGUACAGUGGGUGGUUUUCCACCACAGGGACGCAGGUGGAGAAUACGUCGGCGGGGAUGAACGGUUACGUCAAAACACCUGAGGUGAAACCAACCCCCAGGGUGACAGGCAGUGCGUUACCGCCCCCACGGCAGCCACACCCGAAUGUGGCGCCACCGACCUCCCGCCCAGAUGCUGUUGNUAAUGGCAGGCGUGUGACGGUGCGCAAUCUCACUGACGUGUCGGGGUCAAAGCAGCAGGAACAGCGACAACAGCAGCAGACGCCAAUGCCGCCACACCCCCCAAUCCGGCGCCAGAGCGAUGAGGAAACGAGGAGGCGGAUUUCACAGUCCCAGGAAAGGGGAGUGUUUCCGACCACACACAACGCCUCUGCGCCGGUGGUGCCGGUGGUUCCCAAGCAAGAGCUGCCAUGGUUCACGGCGACCUCCACCACGCAUCCCAUAGUCCCAACAGUCAGGCGUACGUCCAGGCCAGUCAACCAGGUGAUGCCGACGGUGUCGCGUGCCGAGAAAACUGUAGACGAGUACCCCGGUUGCACCAAGACUGCUGCGAAGGAGCGUUGGUGGUUGGACCAGCUGCAUAAACCAAAAGAUGUGGAAGUGCCAAUUGUGGCCAACACCUCCAAAAAUAACACAGCUGGUCAAGUCAAACCGCUGGGUACUCUGCCACAAAAUCCCCGCGUACCUGCUAAUACUGGCGCAAACACAACUAUCAGUGUAACAAAAACAGCAACAAACGUCACGCGUGUCAGAAAUCCACAUAUGCGUGGGGCUAAUAAUGAAACACCUCAGGGACGACAGAAGAGCACAGCCGACGCCAGCGUGGUGCAGUUCAACUCGAGCCUGUGGGGNUGUGUGAUGGAUCCGCGCGAGGGGACCCCAAUAGCUAGGUCGGAGCCCGUGAGUAGUCAACCCACUUUCAAGGGAAGCAAUGUGAAAGGCAGUGGGAUGCGGCGCGAGGAAGGACCCACACGAAACCCCACUGGCGCACCGGUGGAGAUGACCCCGCAGGAACAAAACUCGUGGUCACCACAGAAGCGACAGGCGCUGCGGAAGGCGUGGGAGGCCACGCCGCUGCUGCUGCUCUCUGACCGCUACCAGAUGAUUCUGCGAAAGCACGCUGCCGCAGCCCAGAAGAACCGUCCCAAACCCAAUUACGUCUUUGUGGAAAGCGCAGGCGAACAAAAGGAGAUAGAUCGCCAGCAACACAGUGUGCUUGACCAACUUGUCUUCCUCGACCGCCCGCCGCAGCAAUUCUACCCGAUGCGCAUGCCGCUGGAUGUGGAGAAAAAUGUACGUAAGCGCCGCCCACGCACGCCGCGCAGCUUCUAUGGAAAGAAGGGCGAGCGCAUGGGGGCGGAUUGGUUCCGCAACGCCCUAGUCAAUGCGCAGCGGGUGCAGAGCCCUGACCUGCGGAUGCUGGAGGCGGCGGAGGCGAACGAGAAGAAGAACCACCGCGGUAGGGGUCAGUGA